UGCCAUAAAUUGUACCAAUGAGCCAUGCCGUGAUGUUUGCCCAUCAUUUGGUCGGGUUCAAGCUUUUAUUACGCGUUCAAGAGUGAUUAAUGUGAAAGUAAAAAGAAAGAAGGCAGAAAUACCUCAGAAUCCAUCGAAAAUGGAGGACCUUUCUGCUGCGUUACGCCGUGGCCGGCGAUGCAGCACCAGCAUGAAUGUCAGAUCGCAAGAGCCUCAGGCUCCAUCGGCUGCUCCAAAGACUCCCCGCCGAAGAAAGAGAGGCGCUCGACAUUCUGACCCAGGCUCUGCCGUAUAUUUGAGCGGUCUUACUCCAAUGGUGCGCCGCACAUCUCUUACAGCCUCGAAUAGACGGUCGGCCGCCCCCGCAAGCGGCGCUGGCUCAGCUCCUCGAUUAAAUGGCCAACCCGCGGCUGUCAAUCUUCACCAGACAAUUGAUGGCCGGGUUGAGCGCCGGAUGCGCCGCAAUGGCCUCCGCGAUAUGCUUAAUAAAAUUGACCAAGAGAAACGGCGCAGUGAACAGUUGGCUAAAGCACAGAUUACCAAGCUCAAGGCCGAACUCAGAGCCCGUGACAGAGAAAUCUAUAGAAUGCAAAAUGCAACCAUGAUUUUCGAUACCGAACGGAUUUGGGAACUGGAGCAGCAAGUAAAAGAACUUAAAGGCCAGCUUGCGACAAAAAGCAUAGCAAGCGAGGAGGCUACACAGUAUUAUAGCUGCGUCUGGCCGUCGACACCAAGUACUGCUUCAACGGAUGACCUCAUGGACAUGACUCAAGAUGAGGACCAUUUCGGUGAUAUGGCUGCGGAGACCAACACGCCAUCUCGAGCGAGACCUCCCUUCUUAACUCCUCCCGCAACAAGUCCAACCAGGCCUGUAUCGCCAUUCUCUAAGGAUGUGUCACCAACCCCGGAUGCUCAUACUGAGAUGCGGCUGAACUCUCCAGACGCAGAUAAGAAGCAGCUAGAAGACGAGAUUGCAACUUUGGAAUUUGAAGUACAGGAACUGACAGCAACUUUGGACUCGUAUAACGCCUUGGGUGCGCGCAUAAGCGAUGCACUAUCAGGGGGGACUCUAAGGGACAAAGGGACGUCGUCUUCCCUCGAAGCAAUCGAGAACCAGGUCCAGUUACUCUUACAAACCAUGUCCGAACGAGCAGCAGCAGUUACACAUCUUACCAAUGCCAUUAGCGAAUUAGGGUUUCCAGGUACUGAUGCCAGCGAGAUGAUUAUGUCGCUUGCUUCUGAGUUUCGGUCUGCUCGCCUCGAGCUGGAGUAUCUCGCACCGGGAGAGCCCACAUUGCCUGUUACCGCUCAUGGCGCCGACAUAUUGGAUCUACUACUGGAUCGCAUGCGAACCUUGUCAAGGAAGACAAGGGAAGAUGAAGAUUCGAUUGACAAAUAUCAUGAAAUAGAACGUUCUCUACGCAAGCAGCUUGAUUCACGAAUCUCCGUCAUGGAAGAGCUUAAUAUCAAAGUCACCGAGGCAUAUCGUGCCUUGGAUGAGAAAGACAGUCACAUCAGGGAGCUUGAAAUCGGCAACAACCGACUCAAAGGCGCCGUUGAUGGCUACGUUCGUGAUAUAACAGAGCUCGAAGGGUUAAUAGAGCGCAUGGAGACUGAGCAUCGUGAAUCAAUAAACGCGCAUGCUGCUCAGAAAAAGUCAAGCGAAGAACUACUCACCGCCAAAAACGCCACAAUUGCCGAGCUAGAAGCAAAGAUUGAAGAGGCAGUCGCUCAAACCGCAGAGCUUCUUAACGAGAUGAGCUCCACUGAGGCUAAUUUUGCUCGACAAACGAUCACCAUCAGGAAGCAGCACGGCGCGGCUCUUGCUGUUCGUGAUACGCGGGUCGCAGAGCUGCGUGAUGAGAUUGAUAGAGUUACUGAGUCGUUGCGGGUUGCUCGCGAAACUAUUCAUGCUCUACGGGCUGAAAAUAGCGGGAUGAGGGGUCUGAUGGAAGAGGAGAGGAGGAAGGCGAAAGACGCCAUGGAUUCAAUGAAGGAAGAACUACAGCGAGUUUUGUACUUGAGUCAGAGCUUCCUUGAAGAUGCUCAUGGGGCUUCUGCUAGUGGACGUGCUGCCACUAUUGAGGGAGAAUCGGACAAUUCACGGAUGAUUGUCCACAACCCGAGUCAGAUGGGAACUAGGAGAUUGAAGAGAAGAUAUGACAGUGGUUUGGAGCUUCUCAAUGAAGACGAGGCCGACAUUUGAAGUGGAUGACAGUCAAUCCUUUGGAGCAUUUGAAGAGCAUGUAUCUGGCGUUUGGUAGAAGGAGGAUAGGAACUCUCGUUAUGUGUAUUUUUUUUUGUACCUUGUCAUGUAACUGAUACCUAGGAACACAGCACUGCACUUCCUUAAGUCUAUCUAUGGUUAAUAGAAUAGAUUUGUUUAGAAUUCAUAGCUGGGUCGGCCUUGGUGAUCAUUUAAAAAUACCACACAUGCUUUGGAAUCAAUAUAUUUGAGUA